AUGGGAGAUUGCGAACUGUUACGACGCGCCUGUCCACGUUCCUUCAUAGCUCCAUUUUUGCAGCGGCGUGUACGGCCGGAUGGCCGGAGGCCCUCAGAAGUUCGCAGCGCUGAGAUCGUUGCAGGGGGCCCCUAUGAAGGGGCGAGGCAAUCAGAGGGUUGCCCAGGCAGCGCCCCCCCGCGCCCUCCGCUGGCUGCAGCACAUGCGUCCUCGUCAGUGAGAGCCGGUGCAGACUGGUGGUUCGCAGCAGUUGAGUGCAAGUUGGGCCCUCCUGUGCCGCUUCCUCCUCGCAAUGGCAGUCCUCACGGAGAGUGUGGCAGUGGGGGCAGAGUUGUCGUGGUUGUAGACAUGCCGCGCAUCUGUGGCUGUUCCCAAGACGACACAGUGGGGACCUCCAGAGAGGUGUCUAGACACCUCACGGCUCUGCUAAAUGACCCUUCGGUCUUCGACUGCGGACAGCUGCAAUUCCCGGGCCAUCCGGCUGCGGCCGUCGAGGCGGAUCCCGGAUGCGGAGACAACCAUAACAACAGUAGCAGCAGUAUCAAGUUUUACUGGCACUUGGAGGUGCGAGUAGUGUGCCUGCAGUUCGGAGGCAGCCUCUUCAGAGCUCCCACCCUUGCGGCCGUUGCCGCUUUGGGGGCCCUGAGGAUCCCGGAUGUCGAAUGGGAUCCACAGAAAAAGUGGUGGUCGCUUCUUCCCCCGUCUUCCGAUUUGCGUGAAGACCAAACAGGGGAGGGCGGCGAGUUGGUGGUGGUCAGGGGACAUAAGGUUGUGCUGCAUGCCCUGCCCGUUUGUGUGACGGCGUGCCAGGUUCUGCAUAACACUUGGGUUAUAGAUCCAACUCAGGAGGAGAGGCAGUUGGGGCCGCUGGUAGGCCUUGUCUCUCCGGCACAAGGGGCCCCUCUCUCAGUGCACAAACUGCAGGGAGGCCCCCUAGAUGCCCUCCUCCUGCAGCAACUGCAACUGGCUGCUGCGUCGGCUAUCGAUGAGACGAGAAAUCAGCUCGCCAAAGCCAUUUUAGGCUGA